AUGAGUGGCACCAAUCAAUCAUCAAGCGCUGACGAGAAUGGCAGGCAAGACGACGAACAACAACAACAACAACAACAACAACAACAACAAGGCGACGAAGGCAAUAACCGUCCACAUACUCGAAAGCCACAGCAUCACGGCCAACAAGAAAAGGCUACCAACGCGCUAUUGAGACUAUUGUCAACAGAGAUUGCCAAGGAUGGAGGAGCAAGUUUGGUGACCUCACUCAAAGACUACUUUGCCACGACCAUCAAUGGGAAACGGUUCAACGCGCUACUCACACAUGCCAUUGGCCAUGCCAAACUCCUUCGAUUCUUGGAAGUUCAUUCGGAAGUCUUCAAUACAGACCGACAUGCCUCUCCCCAUGUUGUGCAUUUGCUUUCACGGCAAUACGUUGUGGACGAGGAUUUGAUCUCGGAUGCCAAAUGGACCAAGGAUAAACUACUAGUGGUGCGAAACAAGGCAUCCUAUGUGCUACAAAAGCGACAAGCCAAAUUGAAUCGGCGGAAAAAGAAACAAGAAUCCAUGGAUAUUGUCACAGAAAACGAUACUACUUAUGCUGCCAACGAUACCACCACGGCCAAUUUGCCAUGGCUCCUUCAGCAAUCGGUCGGAGAUGUUCAUCUUUACCUUAGAGCCUCUGGAUUUUAUGUUCGAACGUUUUACGAAACGGCAAGUGUAGUUGAAACGAAAGAGACACAAAUUCAAAUUCCAUUGGUGGGAAGCCGAGCUUGGCAAGACUUGGUGCUGGAGGAAUUCGGAGCGAUUUUGAAAGCCGAUCCAGAGUCACGAUUUGUCAUUGGAACAUUUUCGUCGUCCAAUGACGGUGGCAGUCCCAAAGUGUGGCUAUCCCACUUGGAUCCAAAUGCUGCGACUGUUGCUACCAAGAUAGCAGAUGGUACUUUCUCGUUAAAGAACAACAAUAAUGGCAGUGUUGGGGUUGAAACGGAAGCGGAAUCAUCACCAUUUUUGGACGAACAGUAUUUGGAUACGCUCGACGAAUGCUUGGUACGGUUGGUCCAUCAAGACGGUGGGCACGAAGUUCGAUUAGAAUUACUCUUGCACCGACACUUGGAAUUGAAAAUGGCAUUGGGAGGCCGAGACUUUUCCACCAUUUAUGAGAAAUGCCAAGAUCGAUUGGAAUCAUCGGACAUUUCCUGUCGCAAGGAAGGAGUGGACUGGAUCUUUGCCUCGAAUCGAACGGCGGCUGCCAAAUAUGGUGGUGGUGGUCGCAUGGUGGUGGACAAAGUUGGAUUGUAUUCCGUGACAAACUCCAAAUGGGGAACGGCAAUUGGAAAUAUUAUGGUGCAAUGUUGCAAGACUACUGCUUUUGGAAACACUACGACAAAGUUGUCGAAUUAUGGCACCACAAGCGAUGGCGACAAUGAUACUGCCACGAAUAGUUCGAAACCUAUAUUGGUCGAUAUGACAGCAUCGGUGGGUGGCAUGACUUUGGGAUUGGCCAAGACGGAAUACUUUGAUCAAAUUCUGGCCUACGAAAUGGAUCCUGAGCGAGCAAAGCUCUGUCAAACCAAUAUGAAACGUCAUGGCGUGGAUCAUCUUGUGGAGGUACGGAAUCAAGAUUCCGUAGAAGCUCUAUCUUCCUUCCUUCCUUGCAAGGAACAUCAAUAUUGCUUUGUUGUUGAUCCACCAUGGGGAGGAGUUGCGUACAAACAAAAGACGAGACGAUAUUCUCAAUUUUUCAUGGGACCCUGGUCACUCAAAGAUGUUUUGGUGCGAAUGUACAUUCACUGCAAGCCAUGUUUGGUGGGAAUGCGAUUGCCCCAAGACAAGGCAAAAGUAAACGAACUUUUGGACGAAUUGCGACAGGAAAAUUUGCGCUUUGAGACCAAGACCCUUCGACAACUGAGUGUCCAACGAUUUGUGGUCCUGCACUUUUUGCCCGACUAG